AUCACCUUUUAACUAAUAGUUGAAUUUAACCGGAACUCCACUCACUCGACCGUCCAAUUUUUGGGCUCUUCUUUUCACACUUCAAACUUUCAUACUCUCUAAAUUUGUAGGAAAGAAAUUCUGCUCUGAGUUCUAACAAACCCCAACUGCACAAAACCAGAGGAAGAUGUCAGGGUGUGUGUUAUGGGUAUCAAGGAAUCAAAUUUACAGAUUUCCCACGUGUAAACUCAUGGAAUCAUCUGAAUUAUCUUAUCCUCCUCUAAUCAUUCAUAAAAUUUGAUCUUCUAGGUUGCCUAGCUUGACUUUUGGUCUUCCAUGGUGAAAGGGAAGAAAACCUUCAAAGUUUAAACAUACAGGAUUGGUACUGAACACAAUGGAAGCUCCAGUGAGGCAGCAAAGCUUUGUUGGGAAGAAGAUGACUAAGCAGUUGACGGGAAAGCGCGAAGACGGGCCCUUGCAUUUGGCAGCAAGAGAAGGAGAUUUGGGAUUGGUUGUAGAAAUCUUGUCUAACUGUGGGGAGGCAGAGCUGAAUGAACUUUUGUCGAAACAGAAUCACAUGGGGGAAACCGCCUUGUAUCUGGCGGCUGAUUGUGGAUAUGUUGAUUUGGUUAAGGAAAUGAUGAAGUACUAUGAUGUUGGUUCAGCUGGUAUCAAGGCUCGAAAUGGCUGUGAUGCAUUUCACAUUGCUUCCAAGCAAGGGCACUUGGAGGUACUGAAGGUCCUCAUGGAGGCGAUUCCAGAACUUUCAAUGACCGUUGAUCGCACAAACACCACGGCAUUGCACAUCGCUGCAGCACAGGGACACACAGAAGUAGUAAGUUUUCUUUUGGAGACUGAUUGCAGCUUGGUGGCCAUUGCAAGAAGCAAUGGGAAAACUGCCUUGCAUUCUGCAGCAAGGAAAGGGCAUUUGGAGGUGAUCCAGGCCUUCUUGAGCAAAGAUACCGGAAUUGCAUUAAGAAGAGAUAAUAAGGGCCAGACAGCUCUCCAUAUGGCAGUCAAGGGACAGAAUGUCGAAUUGGUGGGUGAGCUAGCGAAGGCAGAUCCUUCGUUGAUAAACGUGGUAGAUAACAAGGGAAACACUGCCUUGCACGUGGCAACAGGGAAGGCUCACGCUCAGAUUGUUCGAACGCUGUUGAGUCAUAAGGGAGUGGCGAAAACCAUCAUUAACAGAUCUGGAGAAUCUGUUUUUGACACUGCUGAGAAAUCUGGGCACACAAAGAUUGCUACCAUUCUAGCAGAGCAUGGGAUUCAAAGUGCCAAAUCCAUGAAGCCGCCAACUAUGAACCCAAAUCGAGAACUCAAACAAACUGUAAGCGAAAUAAAACAUGAGGUGCAUGAUCAGCUUAAGCAAACGAGACAAACACGAAAGCAAGUGCAUGGAAUGGUAAAGCAGCUCAGUAAAAUGCAUUUGGAUGGGCUUAACAAUGCAAUAAACUCCACCACAGUUGUGGCUGUACUCAUUGCCACUGUCGCCUUUGCUGCAAUCUUCACUGUCCCGGGCCAAUACCCUGACCCCAAGAAACCUCUUCCUCGUGGAUUCUCUCCCGGGGAAGCAAACAUUGGCCCCAAACCUGAGUUCGUAGUCUUCUUCAUCUUUGACUCUUUUGCUCUCUUCAUAUCGUUGGCUGUUGUGGUGGUUCAAACUUCUAUUGUUGUCGUAGAGAGGGAGGCAAAAGAGAAGAUGAUGUCAGUCAUAAACAAGCUCAUGUGGAUGGCUUGUGUGAUGAUUUCGGUUUCAUUUCUUGCACUGUCAUAUAUAAUUGUUGGAAAAGAAGAGAAAUGGCUGGCUAUUGGAGUGACAGCUAUAGGGACAGUGAUCAUGGGAAUGACAUUUGGAACAAUGUGUUAUUGGAUGGUUGUGCAGCACGUUGAAGCUUCUAAACAUCGUCGCAGCCUUCGGAGAUCAUCGAUGAGCACACACUCACACUCACUCUCGUGCUCGCACUCUCACUCACCCUCUUUCUCGGUGAUUUCGGAUUCAGAGCUUUUGAACACUGAGUAUAAGAGUAAGAAAGUUUAUGCAAUUUGACAAUUGAUCUUACUUAUAAAUUGCCUGGCUCCUAAUUCGAUUUUUGGGCCCUUAUGUAUAUAAAUGAUGUAAUGUACUCUGAAGUAUUCUCAAACAGUGGCCGAACUCACUAGAGUCGUUUUCCCAA